AUGAAUGCCGAUCUGUUAAAAACGUGUCAUCGCGAAAUCGGUCACAUUGUUUUCGAUGGAAAUGAAAAGAUCACCGUGCGUCGGAUUAGCAACACAUGGAACCUUGAUACCCAGCAAUCAAUGGUAGUCUUGCAGCAAUGGAUCGAUGAAAAUAAAGAAAAGAAGCAACUUUCGAUGGAAUACAUCACCCGUUUGGUCGAUAAAAAUGGAGACGUUCACAUUACCUUGGCGAACGAACAGAGGACACAAAACUUAUGUAAAGUGAAUCCGAAAUGCUUCAAAAUGCUUUACUCAGUGGAGGUCGCGUCGGACGUACGACCGUUGAACGUUGUCAACGAUAACGAGUUCAGUGUGAUCAACCUGCGCUUGGUCGCUCAAAAACGCCUUAUCGAUCAACGGCCUAAAAUCACGUCAGCUCCAAAUCAGCCUGUAGCGCCCGUGAAACAGGAAGCCAAAGCGUCCAAGCCUACAAACAAUCUGUUUUCAACGACCAGCAAAUCAGUGGCGAAAAAGAAUGUAGAACAGGUGGCAGAGGAAAAAGUUACGCCUCCCACAACGCCAAAACAGGUGAAAGUGGAACCCAAAGAAGCGUCUGCCAAAAAGGCAUCACCGAAAAAACAAUCACCCAAAAAGGACACGAAAACCACGUCCGUCGUUGGGAAGGGAUCAAUUUCGGCCUUUUUUUCAUCGAAACCCGCCCAACCGGUGGCCACACCGAAAACGGGAGCUGGUAUCCCUGUGAAACAAGAACCACCAUCUCCAGCCGUUACUUCUGAUUCUUCGGAACCGUCGCAAAAGGACACGAAGCCUGCGGCAAAGGUAGAGCAACCUGCGAAGCAACCGGAAAAAUCACGCAAACGAACCAUCACCGACGAUGAGGACGACGAAGAUGUGAUUCCGAAUACGCCGCAGGAAGAGAAAAAACGCGGCGAGGUCAAAAAGCGUGGCGCCAAACCGGUGCUGCAGCGUAAGAAGUCCUCAAACCCGAAAAAGAAAUCUCGUAUCCUCGAGAUAUGUGAUUCGUCGAGCGACGAGGAAAUGGACACCAGAGAGGCUGCUGAGGAGCGAAAGGAACGGUUGAUCGAACUUGACGAGGAAAUGGUGGAACCACCCGCGAAAGAGGCUCGCAAGUCACUCUCGCCGGAAAAGCCGGUGGAAAAUGAUUCGAAUAGCGUAAAUCGCAACCGAGGCAAAGUCAAGAAGCUGAUCACAAAAACUUACGCCGAUGAAGAUGGAUAUAUGAUCACCGUGAAGGAGUACGAAAUGGUGUCGGAAGACGAAACGACGGGAAGCGGCGCGGAGAAGGAAGUCAAUCCAGUGAAGUCAACGAAACCGCUAGGCAAGACUCCUUCCGUUGAGAAGAAGGAAACACCGCCAACUCCCAAAACAAAGCAAGGUUCCAUUAUGAGCUUUUUUUCGAAGAAGUAACCGUAUGCC